AUGUCUUAUCAACGCUCGAUCGAUCUGCAACAAAAAACGGAUUUAACCCUGUUUGUAUCCAUAUAUCAACCAUCACUUAUUAUGAUAUCUGAAGCACGGACUAACAGUAAUAUUUCCGACCGAAGUAUAUCUCCUGAUAACUAUUUCCUACAUAGAAGUGAUAGAUUGAAUGGACGAGGCGGAGGAUGCCUUAUUUACGCUCACUCUAGUGAUAUGCCUGAACUAAACAAACUGAAGGAUUCGGUGUGGAUCGUAAUAAAGGCGUCGAAUUCCGUUACCUUACUGCUCGGCUGUGUUUAUCGUCAACCUAACGCAUCAAUAAAUGAAAUAUUAUUAUCGGAAGUAUUCACACUAGCAUCAUCCCUUUCAUUCACAGGCAAGCUUAUUUGUGGUGACUUCAACAUGCCCGAAAUUUCUUAG